UUCACCAAGGGCCCACCUCGAACAGUCGCCUCAAACACCCACGUAUCCCGGCGCGCUCAAUGCGCUCGUGACUCUUCUCCAAAGCGCGCCCGUACGCGUCAACACUCUCCCCGCCGAUCCUAACGCGCUCACUCGCCACGCCAUCAUGGAGGAUAUCCCCCCGUAUCCUCUAUACAACUCGACCUACCACCUCUAUCGCGUCUCGCCACUCUACCAUGGGGACUCGCCAAUACUACAAGAGCGCGCGCUCCGGAAAAAUGCACGCAGGCUUCGAGAUGUCCUCAAGGGCGACAACCUCCGUGGCGUGCAGGUCGACUUCGCAAGUGCCGACUCAGCUGUCGCCAAUUGCGGGCCUCUCCAUCAAUGCGAAUGGGCUAUGAUUAGAGACGACUCAUCGUGGGAUGAGCACCACCAACAAUCACAAACUCAGGAAUCGACUCAAUCUGUGACACCAGACACAGCCCGAGGGAUCCUAGUAGACCUCUACUAUGCCAGACACUCAUACAAUGCGCUCCUGCUACGUGACCCUGGAGUCACUACCUCGCCGGCAGACUUCACACACCUCCCCCUGCUCCUCGUCCGCAUGCCUGCCCCGAUCCGCGAGAUCUUCCUGAAUUACCUUUCCACAACCUUCGACGCGAAAGUCUCGCCCUUCAAACCGAACCCCACGUUUCUCACCUCGACCCUCGAAUCCCACCUCACACACCUCACGGACGCAUCGUCGAGUCAAACAAUACCAGAUAUCAUCAAAGUGUUGCAGCUGCAGCUCAGCUUUCCGAGCUUGACAUCCACAGCCCUUAAGAACAUCGAUAUCAACAUUGCACGCGACGACGUUCCUGGAUUUCAUACCAGAGGCAAAUUGAUAUUACGGGGAAGCCGCACUCAAACUGGGACGCGAUCCGCAAAUAGCAACACACCCUUCACCACAGCCCUUUCCGAAUAUCUGGCGGCGCAUCUUGCGCUUCGACUAGGCGAUAACAAGAAGGUCUACAUAUCCAAAGUAGUCUGUGGUGCAUUUGCGCUUUCCACAGACGGAAAAAUAAAACUCUAUACGCCACCUCCUAUCACCGUCGAGGGGUCCGAGGACGGUAAUAUUCCUACCGACUACUCAGCUGCUGAGCUGGCGAUGCGCGAUCUCUACACCUCUCUAGUUCGCGAGGCUACGCGGCAAGGCCCAUUCUUGAACGAGGAUGAUAGCAUAGAGGAUGAUCGAACAACGAGGCGAAAGCGUCCUUUGAUGGAGUCGGGAGCUUCUGGGAAUAAGCGAUUACGAGGACGGACGGCGGAUGCGGACAGAGCGGCUUCGGAGGCGGCGGGAGCGCCAAAGACGGGGAGGGAUAGUAUACCUGCUGAGCCACCCCCACCGUACGAGUUGCAUGAUCCGUCUUUGGUGUCGACUGCUGUGUAGAAUACAUAGAGAUGAUUUAUUGCACAUGUCGAUAAAUCAGGCAGCGUUAGGACGGCUCCUUUCCUUAAUUAUACCCAAAGACCUUUUCACGAUCAAAUUCAAAGCAUCUCGGACUUGCAAAAGUAAUCGGCUCUGUGAGCCUUCAUGUUUUAUGAUCGAAAGUUCACGUAGCUAAUGGAAUCGGAUAAUAACCCAACAAGAUGGUAUGAUCUACAUUAUCAGACGGUUACUUACAACUACAUGGACAAUCUACAACUACAUAUGAGCCUUUCCGUCCCUAUUCAUUGGUCUUCUU